UAGAUCAAUAUCAUAAUAAUUAAAUAUCACAUUCUUAUUUAGUUACUUAUUUUUAUGCAAUAUUUUGUAAUCAAUGGCUUCACUUUUUAUCCAACAGAGCUUUGGCACACUAAAACUACCUAUCGAGGAGUUGGAUCUAUCGAAUAAUCUUAUACGCCGCAUACCAGAGAAAUCUUUCCUUGGUCUCAAAGAAUCACUCACAGAAUUACGUUUGGCGAAUAAUCUACUUGGCGAUAGCUUGAAUCCGAUCUUUUCUACAGCUGAAUUUCAUCCAUUGAAAAAUCUGAAAACACUCGAUUUAUCUGGCAAUAAAAUUAAAUCGAUCGAAGAGGGGCUGCUCAAAGGCUGUGCGGACUUAAAGGAUUUCUAUGUGGAUCGUAACUGUCUCUCUGAAGUGCCAACCAAUUCACUUAAUGGACCAAAUGCCCUGCGACAUCUUUCCUUACGUUACAAUCAUAUCACUACACUUCUUUACGAAGCUUUCAUUGCGCAGCCGCAACUUGAAAUCGUCGAUUUACGCUACAACGAAAUAAAAACAAUCGAGGGUCUGGCUUUUCAAGGCUUGCGCGCCAUACGCGAAAUAAAACUGGCCGGAAAUCGUAUUACCAAUUUGAAUAGUGACGUUUUUGAGCGUGUGCCCACCUUGCAAAAACUAGAUCUCUCCGAAAAUUUCAUAACUCAGUUUCCAACUGCAUCGCUGGCGGCCAUCGGUAAUCUGAAGUCACUCAAUCUGUCCUCGAAUAUGUUGCAGCGCUUGGAUUAUACGCACACGCAAGUGAUCAAGACAUUGGAAGUGUUUGACUUGAGUCGCAACGGCAUCACUACUAUACCGCCGGGCACGUUCCGCGACUUGGUCGCACUCAAAUAUCUGGACUUGAGUUUGAAUUCGCUGCGCACUAUUGAGGAUGAUGCGCUGGAGGGUCUGGAUAACCUGCAAACCCUUAUCAUACGCGACAAUAAUAUUUUACUCGUCCCCGGCAGCGCCCUGGGUCGCCUACCGAGCUUGACCACCUUGCAUUUGGACUUUAAUCGCGUAGCCGCACUUUCUACCGAGAUUCUUGGUUCUAUUCAAGCGGAAGAUAUAACCACAUUAACACUGGCGCGCAAUGUAAUACGCGAGCUGCCCUCGGCUAGUUUUCAGACAUUCGCUAAUCUACGUACACUAGAUCUAUCAGGCAAUUCGCUAGCUGUCAUUAGCGCUGACAUCUUUCUGGGCUUGGAUCAAUCGUUAAACGAGCUGAAGCUUUCGCAGAAUCGCUUAACUGGCUUGGGCACUGCGCCGCUCGCUUUGACUGAACUGCGCAGUCUUGACCUGAGCGGAAAUAAUCUUGCAGAUGUACCACGCAACAUAUUUCAGGGCUUGGAUAAUUUGCAGUACCUCAAUCUUAGCGGAAAUCAUCAUUUGGCACCCGUGCCGGCAGCCCUCAUUCGCCCGCUCUCACGGCUACAGGUCAUCGAUCUCAGCCAUUGUGCUCUCAAGCAAAUGUCCGGUGAUCUUUUCGCUACACUGCAGGACCUCAAGCACAUCUAUCUCAACAACAAUAAUUUGCAAGAAAUCAACGACGGCAGCUUUGUUGACCUGUGGAAUAUCACCUCACUUGAUUUGUCCAAUAACCAAAUCACCUCCAUACGCCCGGGGGCUUUUGUCAAUGUAAUGCACAUAAAGCGCCUCAAUUUGCGCGGCAAUCAGUUAUCUGCAUUCAAGGGAGAGUUCUUCAAUACCGGCACGGGUUUAGAGGAACUCGACAUCUCGAACACACUCAGCUACCUGUUUCCCUCUUCGUUCCGCAUCCAUCCGCUUGAAAUUAAGGCAGCAAAUAAUAAGUUUAGUUUCUUCCCAGCCGAACUCAUCUCAACUCUGCAAUAUCUUGAACAUGUCGACCUCUCUCACAAUCAUCUCAAGUCGAUAGAAGAGUUGGACUUUGCACGUUUACCACGCCUACGUUCGCUGCUCGUUGCGUACAAUCAGCUAGACAUGCUCAGCGAGAUGGCCUUCCACAAUUCCACACAGCUGCAGAUUGUCGACUUGUCGCACAAUUACUUAGACCGCAUCGGCGAGCGUACUUUUGAGGGAUUGGUGCGUCUGGAGUUGCUUAAUCUCGAAGGCAAUCAACUAACGGAAUUGUCCGAUUUGAUAUUUGAGCGUUCGAAGUUGCAAAUGCUAGAGAACAUAAACUUGGCGAAAAACAAGUUCGAAUAUGCACCGCUGAAUGCAUUGCAACGCCAAUACUUCUUCGUCUCAUCCGUUAAUUUGAGCGGAAACAAAAUUCGCGCUAUUCCCGCGGACGACAGCAUAAUGGUCAAUAUCAAGGACCUUGACUUGUCGUACAAUCCUCUUAGCGAAGGCGCUGUGCGUAACAUACUCAAUGAGCCAAAGACCGUGCGCGCACUUAACUUGGCUGGUACCGGCAUCUCCCACCUCGAACCACUGGAGACGCCAUUCCUGCAGUACCUCAACCUAUCCCACAACAGCCUCAAAACCAUCGAUGCUGACAUCUUCCAACGCACAACGCUGCUUGAAAUAUUGGAUCUGUCGAGCAACCAGUUGGAAAGUCUGAACGAGCUUGCUGGUGCUUGGCCGAAGCUGCAGUCACUGCAUACCCUGGAUCUUUCAAAUAACAGUUUCGAAGUCAUCUCUCAAGACAACUUCGAGAAUUUAGAAAUGCUGCGUGAAUUGCGGCUCAAGAACUUACACCAAAUUAAUCGCAUCGAAAAAAGCGCUUUCAAACACGUACCGAACCUUGAAAAGCUGGAGGCCUAUGAUCUACCACUGCUAGGCUAUCUGGACGUGCAAGGCAUACUCGAGCUGCUACCUGGUCUAGAGGACAUAGACUUGGAGGUGAAGGACUCUACCAUUGGCACAGAGCAAAUUCAGCCCGCUAAACAUCCGAGACUCAAGUCUAUAGGCAUACGCGGUGACCGCCUCAAGACCAUAUCGUCGGGCACGCUGGCUGGCUUAAAAAGCAGUGACCUCACAAUCAAACUACAAAACACCUCACUUACAGCGCUACCGCCUGCUUUGCUCUUCCCAGUGCCACGCUCCUCACACCUGACUCUUGAUAUCACCGGCUCCAAAGUCACUGUCUUAGUGCCGCAAUUCCUUACCGCGCUAGAAGACCGCCGGUCAAGUUUGCAACUUAAAGGACUUGCCUCAAAUCCUAUACACUGCGAUUGCAAUGCGCGCGCGCUACGUCGUUGGUUGCCCAAUUCGCAUAUGAGCGACGUCGAGUGCCAGUCGCCAGCUUUUGUGGCGGGCAAGAAACUCAUCGAAGUCGGAGACGACGAACUGACUUGCGAUGCACGUCGCAUGACCUCGACAACGGCGCGUAGCACUUCACAAUAUAUGCUGAAAUCCUCUUCCCGCCUCGUAACACGUCCAACAACAACCACCACAGAAGAACCAAUGAUCAUCUGGAGCUUGGAGCCCACACAAGCUCCGCCGAUGAAAAUCAAAACCAAGGCACCACUCAUUAAAGCGCCAUUAAUGAGCAACGAUGAUACGCUUAUUAUCGGCAUUGUUGGCGGCGUAGUUGCCUUCAUUGCCAUACUAAUUAUCAUAAUUUGCAUUGUGCGACUGCGCAUGAGCAACGUGGAAUACCACAAUGGACCUGCAAUGAUCGGUAUACCGCCAAUGCCAAUGGGCCCGGGCAGCGUACCAAUGAGCUUCAAGGGUGCACCCACCGCGCUCUCUGUACCACCGUACGCCGCACAAAGUUAUGCCACCUUGCCCCAUAAAGCGCCAUCCAUACAUCAAUCCACCCAGAAUUUGUCGCAGCGCGCAGCACCGCAAAAUGCCCAAAACUCAUAUUCGACAAUGUCGCGUAUGUCGUACUUUGGUGGCACACCGCAGCAGGCCUCGCCACAGUCCAAUGGCCAACAGCCAUACAUUAUCUAUUCGGAUGACAAGGUUUAUAGAUAAAAGCAAGAAUUUACUCAGAUGGUGCAAGCAAACAAUUUGGUGUUCAAUGAAUGCUAGGCGGCUGAAGGACUUGCGUGCGACAGCUGCCACGGCCG